AUGCAAUUUUCUUCAUAUUCACUUAUGGAAUUUCGGAACAGUAUUAAAGACGAAUAUCCUGAUGUUAGCAAUAAAGCUUUAGGUAUAAUAAUACCAUUUGGCACAUCGUAUUUGUAUGAAACAGGUAAACUGCUUUCAACAGUAACCGUAUUAAAAUCAAUAUACCGGUCCAGACUCAACGUGGAAAAAGAAAAGCGUGUUUCAGUAACUACGUUAAUUACUAAUUUUGAAAAAUUAAUAAACGAAAAACAAGCGCAUUGUUCGCAUUAA